AUGGGUUUGAAAGGGACAAUUUACGUGAAAGUAGACGGAUGGAUUACUGUAAGCGGAUCAGAUUUCAACGCAAUAGCGGAACGAAGUGGUAGUUUCGAAGGAGCUUGGUUUAAACAUCGGCGUACCUGUUCGACUUUUCUGGGUUCCGUUUCGCUAGCACCGAUUUUCGAUAUUUUAGCUGAGGGAAACGAGAUACUUGUUCUCACGAUGUAUCAUUGUUUAAAUGGGCGAUAUCGCAGAAGUGGUGUGAUGGUAGAGGUCCGACGAUUGUCCUCAAACAGUUCGCAGGUGAGGGACGGAGUGCAGCUGGCUCGACGGGAUGUGUGGGCCGAUGAAAUGAGUGCGUCGUGCUUUUCGUUCCGUGGCACAGGAUAG